UUCUCCAGGGGAUUGAUUUAAGAUUAUGUGUUCGGAGAAUGUGUAUUUCUUUAUAGGAACAUGCCCUUUCAGCUCAAUUAGGUUUCGAACACUUGGAGGAACAAGUCGACAUGGAAGGAAAACAUUCUUUUAGAAAGUUCCAACUGCUUAUCCUUUUUGUGACCGGAAUUCGCGCAGUGGAUAUUCCAAACUGUAACUUUUUCGAUACGGUUAAUAUUUCCGGUAGUGUGCCGUUCUCGAAUGGGUCCUACAGCCACGAAGGUGUCUUCAUCCCCGCUAGGCUGACGGGGUCCUACAACUACCAGAUCGAUCACCGAGGAAGUCGCUGGACAGUGCCGGAGCACAUCCGAGGAUGUGUUUGCCAACUGAAGACGUGUGUUCGACUUUGCUGCCAUCACACCCAGUUUUGGGAGGCAGGGGAGUGCAUCGACAAGGACCCCGAAGAUGAGUCGCCCUGGGACUACUCAGUGAAUGUAACGCUGAUGGAAGAUGGAAGUGUACAAAUUAUGGACUUUGUGAAGGACAUGGUUAACCAGCAUGACACGCCUCUUUCGUGUGUCUCGUAUAGGUUAGAUGCGAGGAAAAACCCUGAUGACCCCUCAUACUCCUGGACUCUGUAUGAGAACGGAGCCCUAUUACGCCACUACGACUCCAAAUGGCUCUCGAAGAUGGAGUACUGCAUGCAGCCUACCGCCUCCGAGACAGGGCAAGUGUACUUGAUGGCCUACAACUGCGCCAGUAAAGAGCCCCUCACCAUGGUCUACGUUAGGUCGGGCUCUGCCUUGUUCUUGGCCAUCACGUCGGCGGUGUAUCUGUGGCUUCCCAAGUUCCACACCCUCCAUGGGAGGUGCUGCCUCCUCUACUUCGGCUGCCUGGCCACCACCUAUGUCCUGAACGUGAUCAGCAUUUUUGGCGUGUUCGACCAAGCGACCCCCAUGUGUCGAAUUAAUGGCUUCGCCGGCUACUUCAUGGCGAUGUCCACAUUCCUGUGGCUCUCGGUCAUCAGUUUCGAUAUCUGGCGGACCUUCGGCCUGCACCGGUGUCCCUCAUCCCCCUCAGAGGCUCAACUGCGCUUCUGGUACUACAACCUCACUGUUUGGACCACCGCCACCCUGCUAACUUUAGUUAUUUUCCUCGUAACUACACUUAUUCCCAAGGAUAUGGACGAUAAUGUGUUGGUCCCACAAGUGGGCGAACCUGACUGCUGGAUUUAUAUUUUGGACUAUUCCGCCUUGAUUUAUUUUUACCUUCCCCUGGGCGUCUUGGUAGCCGUGAACGGAAUCUUCUUUUUCCUGACCACCCGAAAAAUUUACGAGGAGCACAGAAGCAUCCGGUCGAUCCUGACCCGACACGAAGCACACCGGAGCUCGAGGAACCAGGCCAGUUACCGGAUGUACCUGCGCCUGUUCAUCAUAAUGGGCUGCAAUUGGAUUCUGGAAUUCGUUGCCUACGUCUGCCAGAUAAAUCAAGUCGCCCCGGCUCUGGUUGACCUCAACGAGGUAAUCAACUGCGCUGAAGGGUUCAUCAUAUUCGUGGUAACCAUCUGCAACAGGGAGACUAUCCUCGAGACCUUCAAUUGUCUCCGAAGGAAGGAACGCGACAGAUCCAUCACGGAUUCCAGCAGUCGCCAGGACUCUACUAGAGUAAGGAAUAACUAAUUCCAUUGAUUU